UUCUGUCUCUGCGUAAACGGAGAGAGUGGAGAAGGGGAGAGCGCACGGAGAGAAAAGCAGAGCUAAGUGGCAAGGCAGCAGUGCCGCUGACGCGAGUGAGGGACCCCGUGGCUGUUUCCACCACCUCUCUCUUCUCACAGCUUAACCUGCGCCUUUCGAGACGGACUUCGACAUCGGGACUAGAGGCUAUAGAGACCUUCUUGGUUUUGGACUCGUUUUGAUUAAUCAGCAGACCCUGAGGUGAAGAGGGGUUCUUAUUACCCCCACCGUGGACCGAGGAGUUGUGUGUGUGUGUGUUUAUGUGUUUUACGCGUUGCUUGUAAUGGGGAAAAGUGGACAGAGAAGUGGAAUAGGACACGGGGGUUGCAGCUUGGUGAGGAUGUGCGCCACGCCGGGGAUCCUGCUUCUGCUAGUGCUCGUACACCAAGGAGUCGCCCAAGUGAGAGAUGAUGACGAUUUCCUGAGUCUGAGCGAACUCCCGGAAACCUUCCCCUCCGACCCUCCGGAGCCCUUACCUCACUUCCUGUUUGAACCUGAGGAAGGCUACAUUGUCAAGAAUAAACCUGUCAAUCUCUACUGCAAAGCAACGCCUGCCACGCAGAUUUACUUCAAGUGCAACAGCGAGUGGGUCCAUCAGAAAGACCACACUGUGGAGGAAAGGGUGGACGAAAACUCAGGUCUGGUUGUAAGAGAAGCCAGUAUAGAAAUCACACGGCAGCAGGUGGAGGAGCUGUUUGGUCCUGAAGAUUACUGGUGUCAAUGCGUGGCCUGGAGCUCUGCUGGAACCACCAAAAGCCGCAAGGCGCACGUUCGCAUUGCAUACCUGAAAAAGUCAUUUGAACAGGAACCCCUGGGAAAGGAAGUAUCUCUGGAGCAGGAAGUGCUGUUACAGUGUCGCCCUCCAGAGGGAAUCCCAGCUGCUGAGGUGGAGUGGUUGAAGAACGAAGAGAUAAUUGACCCAGCAGAGGACAGAAACUUCUACAUCACCAUCGACCACAACCUGAUCAUCAAACAGGCGCGUCUGUCUGACACGGCCAACUACACAUGUGUGGCUAAGAACAUAGUGGCCAAAAGACGCAGCACUACAGCCACUGUUAUUGUUUACGUGAACGGUGGUUGGUCGACUUGGACGGAGUGGUCGGUGUGUAACAGUCGCUGUGGACGGGGCUUCCAGAAACGAACCCGCAGUUGCACUAACCCCGCCCCUCUGAAUGGAGGACUGCCCUGUGAUGGACAGGCCAUACAGAAACUACCCUGUACCACACUGUGCACCGUUGACGGUGUGUGGACAGAGUGGAGUAAGUGGUCGGCCUGUGGGACGGAGUGUACCCAGUGGAGAAGGAGGGAGUGUAACAACCCGGCACCUAAAAACGGAGGAAAGGACUGUGAGGGCCUGGUCCUCCAGUCACAGAACUGUACCGACGGACUCUGUAUGCAAAGUUCAGUGUUUCAGAUGUCCACUGAGCCCAAAGAAAAGAGUGAUUUGGGAAUCCCAUCUGCUCCAAGUACAGAUGAUGUGGCGCUAUACGUGGGCAUUGUCAUCGCAGUGAUUAUGUGCCUGGUCAUCUCUGUCAUCGUGGCGCUUUUUGUCUACCGCAAGACACACCGUGACUUUGACUCGGACAUCAUCGACACCUCGGCACUGAACGGAGGCUUCCAGUCUGUUAAUAUCAAAACAGCCAGAUCAGCUGAUCUGCUGACAGUUCCUCCUGAUUUGACUAAUGCAGCUGCCAUGUAUCGUGGUCCGGUGUAUGCCCUCCACGAUGUUUCAGAUAAAAUCCCGAUGACCAACUCCCCUCUGCUGGACCCUCUUCCCAACUUGAAAAUCAAAGUCUACAACUCUUCUGGUCUGGUCACACCGCAGGACGACCUCGGAGGAGACUUCUCAUCCAAACUGUCUCCUAAGGUAACUCAGUCUCUGUUGGAUAACAGCGACACCAUGAACCUUCGCAACCAGAGCUUGGCUCGAACACGAGACCCUUCAUGUACCGCUCACGGAUCCUUUAACAACCAGGGAGGACACCUCAUCGUACCCAACUCUGGUGUGAGUUUGUUGGUUCCAGCGGGUGCUGUUCCUCAGGGCAGGGUGUACGAGAUGUAUGUGACAGUGCACAGGAAGGACAGCUUGAGACCCCCGGUUGAGGACAUCCAGACAGUGUUGAGUCCAGUGGUGAGCUGUGGACCUUCAGGAGCCCUGCUGACCAGACCAGUGAUCCUCACCAUCCACCACUGUGCUGACAACGUUCAGGAAGACUGGCUCAUGCAGCUGAAGAACCAGCUGGCCAUGGGAGAGUGGGAGGAUGUGGUUGUAGUUGGAGAGGAAAACUUUACCACCCCCUGCUACGUGCAGAUGGACUCGGAGGCAUGUCACAUCCUAACAGAGACACUGGGGACUUACUGCCUGGUGGGCCAGUCAAUCUGCAAGGCAGCCGCCAAGAGGCUUAAACUGGCUGUUUUUGGACCCGUCUCCUGCACAACUUUGGACUAUCACAUCAGGGUUUAUUGUCUGGAUGACACACAGGAUGCACUCAAGGAGGUUCUUCAGAUGGAGACCCAGAUGGGAGGGAAGCUUCUGGAUGAGCCAAAGACCCUGAACUUUAAAGACAGCACACACAAUCUGAGACUGUCAAUCCACGAUGUUCCUCACACACACUGGAAGAGCAAACUCAUCGCAAAGUAUCAGGAGAUACCAUUCUACCAGGUGUGGAGUAGCAGUCAGAGAACUCUUCACUGUACCUUUACCCUGGAGAGACUGAGCCCAGCCACAACAGAUAUCAGCUGCAAACUGUGUGUACGGCAGGUGGAAGGAGAAGGACAGAUCUUUCAGCUCAGCAACACAUUGGAAGAGGAUGUUCAGUGCAUAGACACGUCCCUGAUGGACCCUGCCAGUAAUAUCACAACCUUGGUGGGUCCCAAUGCCUUCCGCAUUCCUUUAUCCAUCAGACAGAAGCUGUGUGGCAGCCUAGAUGCACCACAGACCAGAGGCAAUGACUGGAGGAUGCUGGCCCACAAACUCAACCUUGACAGGUAUCUCAACUACUUUGCCACCAAGUCAAGUCCAACAGGUGUGAUCCUGGAUCUCUGGGAGGCCCAGCACUUCCCCGACGGAGACCUAAAUGAACUGGCGGCUGUGCUGGAAGAGAUGGGUCGCCAUGACGGUAACUUCGCCUCCAUGACAACGGAACACUGACGAAGCAGCGUGGUUACCGUGACAAUGACAGGACUCUGGAAACGAUUACACUCAAAAAUGUAUUCUCCCAUGCUGCAGCAAGGGCAACGAACAAAUCAGAUGUGAGCAAAAUAAAAGUUAUCGAUAUGGGGAUCGAGCAACGGUUAAAUACCAUGGCACUCAUGCCGACUUGGCAACAGACAAGAAAUGCUCAAGGUAGUGCUGGAAACUAUGUGUAUCUCUGUGUUUUAUUUGAGCAACGUUGCAGUGUUGUGUGUGACCGAAGGAGCCAUAACACAACCUACAACACAACACAGUCCGUCAGGAACAAAUAAAACAUACACACGCCUAAAAAAAAAAAAAAAAGACCUUGUCUGGUGCAACACUAGGUGUUCUUUUGCUGUUACUAUAUUUUCUUAAGAUUAUUUUUGGGGCAUUUUUAGGCCUUUAUUGACAGGACAGCUGAAGAUAUGAAAGAGGAGAGAAAGGGGGAAAGACGUGCAGCAGGUCAGAGUUGAACCCCGGCCCACCGCAUCGAGGAGUAAUCUCUAUAGAUGGGCGCCCGUUCUACCAACUGAGCUAUUGGGGCAGCCUUGCUGUUGCUUCAUCCUGAACAAAGAGAAGCAGAGAAAAGAAGCAACAGAGGUCCUGGCCUUGAAAACCUCUAUAGGAAUGGAACAGAAUCAUAAAGGGAGAAAAGCUAAACUAAUUACAAACGAGUGGGUGAAGGUAGGAGUGAGGAAAAAGACAGGCUCCUUAGUAAGACAAGAGUAAACACAGGGAGAGGCUGAGCUGAUUAUAGAAGGGAGGGAGGACGUACAAAUAAAAUGAUGGAAGAAGCCGCAGGUGAUCAUCUGUACAACAGGAUGGAAAACAGAUAAUGAGAAAGCGGAGAUAAAGAAGUGAUCCCUCACUUCUCUUGCAAGCCUUGGCUGUACGUGAUUUGCCAGUACAGUUUGUUGUCUUUAUAUCGUUUCCUAGGGAACGCUCUAUGUAUUCUGCUGUCCAUAUGUGUGGAUCAUUUCCCUAUAACAGAAUUUGCUACACAGUGACUGUCAAUCAAAGGGUCCUGACCAGAAACAAGCCCAACACUACAGGUUUCCCUUUCUCCCUUUUUGGCUGACAUCAUAAGUAAUGUUUAAAUUUCUGCGUUUCUCCUCUGAAAUGCAUGAAGAUAUUAAAUAAUGCAGGUCACAGGAAGUUUGGAAGUACCAAGUCAAAGGCAACUGUACUUCCUGUCCAAAUGCAUUUCAUUUGUGCCUCUGAUUUUCUUGAAAAAGGCAAUCCAAAGAUGAUUACACUCCUGAUGGAUAAAAAAAAAACAUAUUUUUGUUAAUAUUUUAGCAGAUUGGUUGUGACAAACCUUUCUGUUUUGAGGUAUGAUGGCACUUAUUACAAACGGAUAAACAGGGCAAAGAUGCAGACUGUCAGCUGUACAUUCUCAUGCACAGAAUAUUUUAUGAUAUAAAACGUUUGUUUUGGUAGGGUUGUCAUUUACUAAUUUUAAAGCUGAAUAUUUGUUCAAUAAAUACAGCAAAAACAUUUCGGUAACUGUUGGAUGAUAUUCAAGCUACAGAUCCAUCCCUUAACUAAAAUCAAGUGUUUACGUAUUUUCUGCAGCGCUGCUGCUUCAUUCCACCCCAAGGAGCAGUUGUUUGGAGGCAGUAGUCCAGAUAAUAGACGCAGGGGGAAUUCCAGCCUUGGCUACCAUAUUUGGUUAACCACACUUCAAUCCCAGGAGUCUCUCUGAUGGACCGUUGGGGCUUGUUUCUGGACAGGGUCCGACUCAGAGAAAACCAAGAAGAAGCAAAAAUAAAGAUGAACUGAAAGUGAAAACACAAGUGUUUCUAAAUACAGUAAUAUACAAAAACCACAGUGUUAUGUGUUACAUCAUGUGUAUACAGCUAAUAUCAUUCAUCACUGCUAAAUGUACACAAUGUACUUAUUUUAUCAAUCCAUAUUUUAAUUUACACACACAUAUACACACACACACACACACACACACACACACACAUAUUUCCGGUGUCUGAUCAUCACAUAAGAUAAGUGUUUGCUGUCAGGCCACAUUUUAUAUGUGAUCACCACCAUGACUUGGUCAUGGUCACUAGCACCAUCCAGUGGCUUUUGAGGAAUAACAGCAUUUACAUUUUUUGAUUGUCUGAAACGUGUAAAUACAUUACUAUGUUCAUUCUAAUGACCAUUUUAUUAUCAUAAUGUUUUUUUUUUUGUUCUGUGGUCAUUAUUGUGUUAUUUACAUUAACAUAUUGUUUACCAUUUUAAAGUUUUUACAUGUGUGAACUGUAUGGGGGAUAUAAAAUGUAACAUAUCAGUUGGUUGCCCGUUGUCUAAAACAAUGCUCUGUCCGCAACAAACAUUCCAACUCAUAGUGUAUUUGUUGAAAACGUUGCAAUUUAGAGCUAAAAAUCUGAAUACCAACUUAAUGGGCCUACUGUAUGUAAAAUGAAGUGUAAAAUAUUUGUGUUACAUUGUUAAGCAAGGCUGUUUUUUAAAUGUAUGCAUAGACUCGGGUGAACAGUGUCUGACGAAAAGGUGAAACUCCAGCAGGCCAGCUUUGAAAAACAGCCUUUUUUUUUUAGUGGCUCUUGAAUAGAAUGUCUGAUGCCACUGGGAACAUAAAUUCCAUUCACCAUGUAGAGACAAGACAGUUCAAAGGGAAUACAUGUAAAAUGCUCAAAAACUGGAGUCAAGCUAUUUCCACUCUGAACUAUGGAGAGACGCCAUAUAAUACCGAACGUCAGGUAUGUAGAGGAGAUACUGAGGAGGGUAUUGUAAAGAAAACCAAGUAGGCUGGCCUUGUUAACACCAGUACAAAAGGUUAGAUAUUUAAUCUAGCGCCAGUCCAAACAGGAGGAAACCUUGAGACGUUGAUUUUACAUAUUGGUUUUUAUGAAAUAUGCAAGCUAAAAGUCUAGCCUUUUGUAUUGGUGUAAAACCAGACGUAGAAGACAAAGACCUCAAAAUGAUGAUCUUUUAAUUUCGGACAGCCUUACUAACCAAAUUAGUAAAGGAGUAUGUUUAAAUGAUGGAGAGGAUGUUUUGGAUGUUUUGAAAUGUAACCGCUAAUGUCAGAUGUGAAGAAAUGAAAGGGAAGGGGUUUUGAGGAUAAAAGCCUAAGACAUCAAGUCAGUAUGUUUCAGAACAAAACAUGAACCCAUAGGUCACGACAAUGUCUCUUUCAUUCAUGUGCUCAUCAACAUCUCUUAUUAACUCAAAUGCAGAAUACAAGCUCAAAUUUUAACUUAUGAAACACGUGCCAGUAAACGACCUGUUAAGAAAUGUUAGUUACCAGUUGGGUAAUUUUACCCCAAAUUUGAUCCUUGCCAUGUUCUGAGUCUACAGUUUACCAGCAGGACAGACUGUUUGUUUGUUAAAAAGGAGUUUUCAUAUGAGGAGAGCAAACAUAGGCUAGCAGAAGGUGAUCCUUUGUGAUGUAAAAAUGAAGAAAGUAGUGUUAAGAUAUCAAAGUAUGUAAAAAAAAUAUUUUGUAACAACGUGUACAGUUGUGUACUGUCAGCUAUAUUUGGCAAAUUUGAGAAUAUAAAAAAGAGCAGUACGGUUAGAUACUAGUUUGUAUGUUUCAAGUUUUUUAUUUAAGUUUCCUGUUUUGUGAAAGCAGUGUCUACUAUGCAAACUUGGCAUUGGUUAUCAUGAUAGAAGUCUAUAACUAGAGCUGUGCUUGUAAGUUCAUUUUAAUUUUAAUAUCAAGAGUGAUUUGAUUUGAUUAGUGCGGGGUAGUGUUGGUCCAUAUUUGCUAAUUUUGGCACGCUUAAUGAAUCUUGCUCAAUCUUGCUGAAUGCUCGCCUCUCUAUCUCCUCUAAUUGUUUUCUGUACAAAGUGUAAGAAAGAAUUUUUAAGACAAUUAAUAAAUUAUAUUUAUAAGCAAUGCUGAAAA